GCUUCAGUAUGAAAUCAAGAGCAGAGUAUACAGGAGCCCAUAUCCGUCCCUACUGCUAGGAUAAGGUUCAACAGAUUGGGGUACAAUAAUUACACAUCAUACGCGGAUAAUGAGCAACAACAGCAGCAAUACGGCCAAGUCAGAGACUGACCUUUGUACACCAGAUCUCCAUCCUAUGAUUAGAUACAUCGAGCUCCAUGAUAGGAAGAAUAAUGUAACCGAAGUGGAAAUCCCUAUUCCUUAUGGCAAAAUUGCUGGCAAAUGGUUUGGACCAAAGAACGUACAACCAAUUCUAUGCCUGCACGGAUGGUUAGACAACUGUGGAACCUUUGAUCGGCUCAUUCCUUUACUGCCAUCAGAUGUAAGCUUUCUGGCAAUUGAUUUACCCGGUCAUGGACAUUCGUCAUGGAUUCCCGAUGGUAUGGCCUAUCACCAGCUGGAUUACGUUGUUCUGAUACUGCAAAUCAUGAAGGAGUACAAAUGGGACAAAGUGGCCAUAAUGGCUCAUUCCAUGGGAGCCAUCAUCGGGUUCAUGUUCACAGCAUUAUUCCCGGAAAAAGUUGAGUUUCUCAUAGGCAUAGAUGCUCUGAAACCGCACAGUUACUACCCGGGAAAAUUCCUCCUGCUUGCUGCCCCAUUGCUAACGAAGUUCAUCGAAGCCGACCAGAGGAAUCGUGAAAAGACGGAACCACCCUCGUACACCUACGAAGAGAUGCUGGAGAAAAUGUAUGACGCAACAUUUGAGUCUGUGACCAAAGAAACGGCACCCUUUUUGCUGCAGAGGAACAUUAAGCCGUCCAAGAAAUUUCCCGGAAAAUACUACUUCGAUCGCGACAAUAAGGUCAAGUACAACAACAUUCCCGGUUGGUCGGAUGAGGUGAACUGGGAUUUGGGCAAGCGAGUGAAGGUUCCACAGUUGACGAUCAAAGCACAAGAUUCGCCCUACCCAGGUUCCUGGCAGGGUUUCAAACCGAUGGUUGAAGUGCUGAAAGAACACAAUCCACUGUUUCAGUUGGAAUUUGUGAAAGCUUCACAUCAUGUGCACUUAACCGACCCGGAGCUCAUCGCCCCCAUAAUAACGGAAUUUCUGCGAAAAUAUUGGGUAAAACGACUCGAUAGCUUAGUUAGUAAACUAUGAUUGAAGAAUAGAGUAGCUUGUUUGAGGGAUAUGAUAAUUCUUAGGAAAUAAAUACAUAUAAUCUCGGGUGAUUGAUUGGGAAGUAACA